AGUGAAUGAAUCCCAGCCCGGGGUGGAGAGACGCCAUGGCCUUGUGUACAUAACAAGACCCGUCGGGGGGCCAGUAACAGGUUUUGAAGAGAAUAUUUCUCUUAGCUGGUGCAACUCACAUCUUCUGAACGCUGUUGACAACCUAUGCCUACGUGUCAGCACAAGAGUGAAAGUAUCAAGUCACAUAUUCUACAGUCUCCUUCAUGUCUCUAGUACCAAAUAUCACCAUCAGUAUCCAGAAAAGUGAACAUUGUUAUGCUAUUUUGCUCCUCCAAGAUACCUUAAUCAAGAUUUUAUGGCAGGGAAGUAAAGACGAAUGAACUUUAAGUGAUGUUAUGAGAUACAACUGUAAAAGACAGUCAUCGAAUAAUACUUCCUCACAGUUUGUCCAACUGUCUUAUUUAUAUCUGUUUAUCUGUCAGCCUUACUUCCCAGUUAACUCAGAUGAACAUUUUUAUUUAAAACAUUUAUUUCAUUAUUUAAUGUAAGGAGAAGAUUCCACUGUCACCAUCAACGUUGUUUUACGGCCAUAUUCCACACUCUCAUGGGUUAGCCGUUGGUUUUCAUAUUCAUGUGUGUGCUGGAGCAGAAUAUUUAAGACUGGAUAGUGUGUAAAUUAUCAUAGGAAAGCUUUUUCCUCAGAGUACAUUUUAAAAACUUAAUUAAGGGGUUCAGUGAGGCCAAAUACACCAAGAUGGCCACCAUGUAAGAGACCACAAGUCCUAGACAUUUUGGUAAAAGAAAAAAUGAGUAUGGAAGGUGACAUUGAUGAUCCCCUUCAGGGUUCACAGUGCCAUGAAGAUUUUAAAAGAGAUUGUCUUAUAAAGCAUGUGGUAGAGCACCCAUCAGAGACACCCUAUAACACAAGAGAGAGGCUCCAGUGUUCAGAAUGUAAUCGUUCAUUUACUCGGAGAGAUUAUUUAGUACACCAUAUGAAGACUCACACAAGAGAGAAGUUCCAGUGUUCUGAAUGUAACAGUUCAUAUAAUUGGAAAUCUGAAUUAGUACAACAUAUGAGGACUCACACAGGGGAGAUGUUCCAGUGUUCAGAAUGUAAUAGUUCAUAUACUCGGAAAUCUGAAUUAGUGCGACAUAUGAGAGUUCACACAGGAGAGACGUUCCAGUGUUCAGAAUGUAAUAGUUCAUAUACUCGGAGAGAUUAUUUAGUACAACAUAUGAAGACUCACACAGGAGAGAAGUUCCAGUGUUCAGAAUGUAAUCGUUCAUUUACUCGGAGAGAUUAUUUAGUACAACAUAUGAAGACUCACACAGGAGAGAAGUUCCAGUGUUCAGAAUGUAAUCGUUCAUAUAAUUGCAAAAGUGCUUUAAUGCGACAUAUGAGAGUUCACACAGGAGAGAAGUUCCACUGCGCAGAAUGUAACAGUUCAUAUAAUUGGAAAUCUGAAUUAGUACAACAUAUGAGGACUCAUACAGGGGAGAUGUUCCAGUGUUCAGAAUGUAAUAGUUCAUAUACUCGGAAAUCUGAAUUAGUACAACAUAUGAGGACUCACACAGGGGAGAUGUUCCAGUGUUCAGAAUGUAAUAGUUCAUAUACUCGGAGAGAUUAUUUAGUACAACAUAUGAGAGUUCACACAGGAGAGACGUUCCAGUGUUCAGAAUGUAAUAGUUCAUAUACUCGGAGAGAUUAUUUAGUACAACAUAUGAGAGUUCACACAGGAGAGAAGUUCCAGUGUUCAGAAUGUAAUCGUUCAUUUACUCGGAGAGAUUAUUUAGUACAACAUAUGAGGGUUCACACAAGGAAGAAACUAUAUCAUAGUAGAGCUCAUAUGACUUCUUGCAGUAAAGAGGUUAAACAUCACAAAAAAUAUGACAAUAAACAAAGGUCGAAAAUAUGCAGUGCGGAGAAGUCAGGGAGCAGGACAAGACUCGCUCAGAUAGACCUUGGUGAUCUCGGAAGCCACACAACAGAAAAACAUGAUAAUGACCUGAAGUGUCCCGAGCUGAGCCACAUUAAUUGUCAGGAACUGCUCACUUCCUGUCAUGCUAAAGAUGAGUAUAGACACUCUUACCAAUGCCAAACAAAGGCGGCGUGUAAACUAGCAGAUAAUAACCCUGUAGUGAGCAGAUCGACACAUUUCAUUGACUGCUCAGGGGAGGGAGUGAAAGAGGAAACUGUUGAUGGUCAACCUUCUAUAUUAAGUAUUUUAGAAGAUCCUCUUGAAUUUGAGAUGGAUCCUCCAUCUCCUAUAAAAAUAGAGAGCUUUAUAAAGGAAUUGGAUAUUGUUGAGGAAGAGUUCUGAAGCCUUAUUAACAUUUUGUGUGUAAUGCAAGCUUCUGUAUGUUUAUAUAAAUAAAUAUUUGAUAUAUACUGAGAACCCAAAUUUUUACCUUCACAAUAUACAGU